CUGGUCAGGGGUCAAGGUCACAGUUUCUGUCAAAUAGUGGUGAUAAAAAAUAUAUUGUCAGAUUUUAUAAAUAAUAUAAUUUUUUGAUGAGUUGAUUUGGGUGACCUGUUCAAUGUGAUUGAAAAAUACAAUAUAUAAUAAAUAUAAUUUCAAAUGUCUUACAUAUUUGAAGUACCUCCCAUGGGGGAUGAGUAUUAUGAACCUGAAAGUCCUCCAAAAGUUAUGGUGCCUGUACAUACUGAAAGACUAAAUAGAAGUGACUUCCUUGUGGCUACAAGACAGGCUUCGGGAUUGACUGGAGGUAAAAACAUUGUACAAAAUAUCGCCAAUGUGAUAGAACGUAGGAAGAUUGGGCUUCCCGAUAGCUUUUCGCAAGGUGAAAAAUGUAAAAUUUCAAGUUUAUUCUUACCCAACUCCAUGUCUGUCAUGGAUAAGUACGGAAAUUUUACCUAUUGUGGUAUCUUCAACAAAGAGGGAACUAGAUACCUUACUGCUGGUCAAGAUCAUACACUCAGGCUGUAUAACUGUGAAACAAACCAGUAUAAAUUAAUACAGACUCUCCACUCCACAAGGUCUAGUUGGAGCAUUCUGGAUGUCGCAUUCAGCCCUGACGGGAGACACUUUGCGUACUCCACUUGGAGCCCCUCGCUGUAUCUCUGUUCCGCUCUUGGUAGAUCUGAGGAUCAUGAAGAACUGAGGUUCGACAGACCGGAUCGCAAUUCAUGUACAUUCUCUGUGGUUUUCUCCUCUGAUGGAAAGGAGUUAAUGGGAGGUGGGAAUGAUAAAAGCAUUAGGAUUUAUGAUUUGGUUCAGAGGCAGGAGACGUUUUCGAUCACCGGCGCUCACACUAAAGACGUCAACUGCUCAGUCUUUUCCGACAUAUCCUCCAAUGUGAUAUUAAGCGGAAGCGAUGACGGAAUCAUCAAAGUUUUCGACAGGAGAGCUGACACUCCGUGUGUUGCCUUCUUGGUCGGACACAAGGACGGCAUCACUUACAUCGACACCAAAGGAGACGGCUUGCACCUCGUCUCCAAUAGCAAGGACCAAAGUCUCAAACUGUGGGACAUCAGACUGGCGAGCAAAUCGAGACACCUUCCAGUCUUGAAAAGCCAUCUGAGAUGGGAUUAUCGGCACGGGAAGAUACCGGAUUAUUAUUUCCAGUCUGAUUGCUUCAUGAAAGAAGAUGCCUCCAUUAUGACGUACAGAGGACACACUGUUUUCAAAACGCUCGUGAGAUGUCGCUUUUCGCCGAUGUUCAGUACUGGUCAAAGGUACAUUUACACGGGAUGCGGCACGGGUCGCGCUUUUGUGUAUGAUUCUCUGACUGGACUAGUGUCGACAGUACUUGUAGGUCACAAUGAUGUUGUGAGAGACGUAGCUUGGCAUCCAUAUAGAAAUGAAAUUUUAACCGCAGCGUUCGAUUGUAUAGUAGGAAAGUGGACGUACUCCAAGAAAAAGGACUAAGAUCAUCUAUUUUUCGGAGAAGUCCUUAAAUUUCAAUAUCGUAGCCAGAAAGGCAGGAAUCAUAUGAGAGUUAACCUAUGAAUAUUGUGAUUCAUUUCAAAGACGAAAACAAUCAGUAAUAAUAGGAAGUGUCGUUAAAAACGAGUAAAUUCACCUGAAUAUCACUGGAAUUUUUUCCCAACACAAAACUGUUAUUUUCAACACCUCGCCACGUGUUUCGCUCACCAAGUGAUCAUCUUCAAGAGGAAGAUUAAACUGUUUAAUUGGCUUGGUGGUGGUUUGAAACUCCAGUAAUAUUCUUUACUACACCAAAGGUUCUAAACAGUCCAUCACAAGUAAAUUUAUCUGAAAAAUGUUUUGUCUGCAUUAAAAAACAUCUUAUUCGAUUCAAUUGGAUGGGGUAUCAUUCUUGACCUUCUUCAGUAUCGAAAAUUACAAAUUUUCACACUUUCCCAAGGGUUUUGACAGUUUUCUCUGGAACACCUGUAUAUUUGUGUUUGACUCACAAAAUAUUUUAGUUUGUAGUGUUAAGUUUGGAAAGAUUAUUAUUUGUAUCCAUCAUGUAUCUCACAACUGUGAAGAAAGUGAUUUAUUUUUGUUAUUUGGAAUUAAAGAGAAUAUUUAAUAAAGUG